GGCUGUGACUGUGACACAUGUAACACGUAAAUAUCCACACUUAUGUAUGUCCCCUUCUCCCCCGUUGGGAAUAUAUCCAGGGUGCCAAAAGAUACAUACACUCUGGAUUCAGCGAUGAGGAGAGAGAAAAAAGAUCCAAGAUCUGAGAUCAGAGAUGAGAGCAACACUUAAGACUAAGAAGAAACUCUCAAAACUUUGAGCUUUUCGGACGGUGUAAAACAAACGAUAUUAAGUUUCCCAAGUGUCCAAAAAUUUUUCAAUCGAUUGUUUUAUUCAUUAUUAUUUUUUUUUUUUAUGUGAACUGUGUUGUUAUGAAUUAAUCAGUGCAGUGUCCGUGAAUUAUUAUUAUUUUUUUUAGUGUAAAAAAAAAAAAAAUUUCUUUCCAUCGAAUUUAUACCCGUGAAAUGAUGACCCUGAUGACAGACGUAGGAGGUUACUCGUAUGAAAGUCGAGCCUCUUAUGACGGCUAUCACUCACAUCAUCGUCACCGGCAUUUUUAUAACAACCCAGACAAUGAAUAUAUACAAAGUUAUGUUGCCGUAAGGGAUGAUGAUCGUAAUAAUCAUCAUACAAGAACAAGAAGUGCUGAUAGUUCAACUUCCCCAGAAAGUAUUACUGGCCACUAUCGUCACGAUAAUUUAAUCAGAUCCCAAUUUCGUUACAUACCAGACUCAGACGAUGCCUCGUCAGUGGUGUCAGCCGACGCGUCAGCAGAUCCAGAAUCAGCUUCGGCAGAUGGCGAUGAAACUAAUGAAAGUGAGCAGGGAAUUGAACAUGUCCCACAUCCCCAUGUAUUAGACGCGACUUCACCUCACGGGGCACGAAGAUGUCUUCUGUGGGCGUGUAAGGCUUGUAAAAAAAAAACUGUGACCGUUGACAGGAGGAAAGCUGCUACAUUACGUGAAAGAAGGCGCUUGAGAAAGGUAAAUGAAGCCUUUGAAGUGCUAAAGAGACGUACCAGUAAUAAUCCAAAUCAACGAUUACCCAAAGUUGAGAUAUUAAGAAAUGCGAUCGAGUAUAUCGAAAGCCUCGAAGCACUUUUACAAGGAAACCGGGCAUCGGGAAACUCAGCAGACCAUGUCGCUGCGGAUAAUACGAACGCCGAUUCAACGCAGUAUGUAACAGACCGCCUUCGACAAUUCUCAGACCCAUUAGCGAGGUUUCAACCCAUCAACGGUUUCGAACAAUCCGACACAACCGCAAAUUCAAACACUGGAAGCAGUUUGGAUUGCCUUAAUAUGAUCGUACAAAGCAUAAGUGGAGAAUCCAAUGAAAAUAAUUAUUCAACAAAUAAUUAGUGUAUACAGUAUUAAUUGUAUAAAUUUAUUUAUACCAUAUACAUUUAUAAUUUUAAAUAUUUUUGAGCCAAAAAAUUUUUUAAUCAAAUUAAUAAUUUUGUAUA